ACAAAAGUUCGCAAGGCGCGCUGGCGAGCAGACCGGAGACCGAGUCAACUCACCUAGUGACCAAGUUCACGGAGAAACAAACGAGUUUCGAUUUCGAUCCGCCGCAUCGCGUGUGCCUUGACCGGCAGCGAGUUUGAAAAAUGUCCGUUGCAACCGUCGCCGAUUCCAAGACCGGCAAGAAGCCUCACUAUAAGGACUAUGUCAGUUUCCUGGAGAAUUACAAGAACGGCAAAAAGGAGGACCAGAACAGUGUGAUAACAAGCGACAGUGGUGUGAGUUUUUCUUUGAAUAAUUCGUCCAAUAACUCGUCUUCUAGUGUAUACUCGGAUUUAACGGACCCUCCCAAGACCAGCUUCAAGGAAUAUCUCCAGAGUUACAACAACAAGAAGUAUAGUCCGGUGCAACCCCCAGUUAAAGUCAAGAAACAGCCAGAACAGCAAGAGGCUGAAACAAAGACAGUGAAAACGGAAGUGUUCAUUGAAAUCAACGGCCCACCGUGUACGGUAACAAAAGUGGUAGACGUGAGCAACGCCCAAAACGUCAGUAAUGUUAGUAAAGUAUCGAAAAUAUUCGAAAAGAACGUAGAUCAGCACGAAAACGUCGUCACGAAAGCAAUUCCCCCUAGUGGUAAAGUAAACACUUUCAAUUUCGGGCAAAAAGAUACUGACAUUAAACAGGAACAAAGGAAAAUUUCAAUUGGUGAGAUAUCAAAGAAGUUUGAAGGUAAUCACCACAAAGUCACACUGAAAAAAUCUCACAGCAUUUCGGAAAAAUCCAGGGUGUUCGAGGAUUCCAAUAACCUUCCCAACAACCACUCGGAACCAAAAGAAAACUCAUCAUCAAAAACAAAUGGUUGCGUAUCUCCAAAACCGCCAAUAAAUAACGCAAAACCAGCAUUAGCACCAAAACUAACACCAGAAGAUUCCUCACCAAACACGAAUGGUUCCGUAUCACCAAAACUUUCGGUAAACAUAAAACCUGUGGUGGUACCAAAAGCAAUCACGGAAGCCUUACUAUUCCAACAAAAAGAAGACACAUCCACAGCAAAAACGAAUAGUGCACCACCAGCGUGCAACAUAAAACCAGUGAUGGCACCAAAACCAGCCACCGAACCAGUCCAUAUUGAAAAAUCGUUGAAUACUCCUCCACCACCACCUUUCCCUCAACCGAUCUUCCAGGAACAACCAGUUACCUGUGCACCACCUGCAUGUCCUCCACCACCACCCCCGGUGCCACCAACCCUACAAAACGGUCCUUCCGCUGUGCCUCCACCCCCUCCACCGCCCCCUGCGAACUUCUCCGUGAAAAAAGUCCAGAACUCCUCUCCAAAACCCGCGGUUCCUAUCCAGAAAGUUGCCAUCAACGGCGUUGCUAUUGCACCAAAGAAAAACGACGUGGUAGAUGGCGCACAUCCCGUCAUAGACAAGAACGACCCCAGGGUGAAGAGGUUGGUGUACGGGGCCUUAAGGGAGAUGUACGGGGCGUAUCAUGACAAGGCCAACGACUACAUCGCCACUUUGCCGAGGAAUAGGGUGAAGAAGAACAACGGGUUGGACAGCAUCAUCAAUAGCAUUGCGUCUCAAGGUGGUUUGGAAAAGUUGAAUGGCAGAGUUAACCCUUCCGUAGAAACUGACUAGACCCCUCCUUACUACUAAUUAUAAGAUUUAACUCGACGUCUUGUAAUUAAUUUGUUUUCUGUGAAAAUUGUAUAUAUCCCCAACUAAUGUAGACUAGAUUAAUUUUUGUACAUAGGGUAUACUUUAACAGUAGCCUAGGUUAGACGUUAAAAAAACUGUAUUUUCUUCUACUUAGUUGUUGUUAGUAGAUUCAGUGAAAUGCUCUCUAGAAGAAAAUACAGGGCUUGGUGCACUAUUAUGUUUAAAAACUCGCUUUCUCAAUAAGACUGUGUAAUCGCGCUGUAUAAACAAUUGGAAAAUAAAGAUGUUUUAUUGUGA